ACCACUUUUGGCCAUACACAAAGAAAGACCAAAACCAAGAGCGCCUUCUAUCUACACGAAUGGACAAAAACCGCACAUGCCCGUAAACCCUGUCUAUUCCACACCACUACUCAAACUUAAAUCUGUAUAUUUUAUUUUAGUUCUGCAUCGAAAGGCCUUAGACAAUAAUGGAUCAACAAUACAUAGCAUACGAAGAGGUUCUAGUCAACGGUUACAAAACAGCGUUGACUUUAUCCACCGACGGAAUACUCCGGUGGAAUGAUAACCGCAAUGUCCUCCGGUGCCUCUCAGUUGAGAAAGAAGUGGUCGGAGUUUCAACUGCCGGUGAACAGAUUAUAAUCAAAUCAUUUGUUGAAAAUGCUGGAUUCUGUUUUGGAAGUUUCAAGCCGAGUUUGAUCAGGAAAUCAUUCGUUUUCGAGGCGGUUUCGGAUGAUUCGAUAUCGAAUUUGUGUGACAAGAUUCAAGGAUACAUUGAUUCCUUAGGCCGGCCAAAGAAGCUGUUUAUAUUUGUUAACCCAUUUGGAGGGAGUAAAUCUGCUUCCAAGGUUUUUACUGAUGAUGUAAAACCUUUGCUCCAGGAUGCUAAUGUCGAAUAUACCUUACAAGAAACGAAAUAUCAGCUACAUGCGAAGGAAGUUUCUCAUAAAUUGGAUCUUACUAAGUAUGAUGGGAUUAUCUGUGUUAGCGGAGAUGGGAUAUUGGUCGAGGUUGUUAACGGAUUGCUGGAAAGAGAAGACUGGCAAGAAGCAAUAAAGAUGCCUAUUGGAGUUAUACCCGCAGGUACUGGAAAUGGAAUGAUAAAAUCUCUUCUGCAUUCGGCUGGUCAGCCAUGUACAGUUGCUUAUGCUAUGCUUACGGCAAUCCGAGGGCAUAAACGGUCUCUGGAUGUAGCAACAAUCUGGCAGGGGGAGACAAGAUUCUUUAGUGUCUUAAUGCUUGCAUGGGGGCUGAUAGCAGACAUAGAUAUUGAAUCUGAGCGAUAUCGGUGGAUGGGAAGUGCUCGAAUGGAUAUAUACGGCCUUCAAAGAAUGCUACGAUUGCGGAAAUAUAACGGAUGUAUCUCUUUUGUCCCUGCUCCUGGUUUUGAAAAUAUAGGAGAACCAAGCAGUUCAGGUCUUGAAUCUAUGGAACCUCCAAAGCCUCGGCACCAUGGUUAUCGAGGCCCUAAUGUUGACUUGGGAAGUUUAAGUUGGAGAAAGCUUAAUGGUCCGUUUAUUGGUAUUUGGCUUCAAAAUGUUUCUUGGGGUUCUGAAACAGCCAUGGCUGCACCCGAUGCCAAGUUUGAUGAUGGUUAUCUAGACUUGAUUCUUAUGCGGGACUGCCCAAAGUUAGCUUUAAUAUCCUUGAUGUCGGAAAUGAGUAAUGGGCAUUAUGUAAGAUCCCCACACGUCUUGUAUCUUAAGGUGCAGGCAGUCAUCUUAGAGCCUGGCUCAAGGACAGGUGACUCAAUGAAGGAAGGGAUUAUAGAUUCAGAUGGGGAAGUCUUGGCAAGAGGCAAUGGAACAUACAAGUGCCACUUGAAGUCCUUGAUGCUAUACGAUAGACUCCAAAUUGUUGUCGAUCAAGGGUUGGCUACUUUGUUUACCCCUCUGUAAAUUUGUAUUAUUAGCUUUCUCGAAUUUUGUUUUUUGGUAAAUUCUAAUAUAAUUUUUUUUACGCUUGCAAAAAUAAAAAUAAAUAAAUAAAAAUCGCAGCAGUAUUCUAUUAAA